AUGACCUUUAAAGUUAUUGCCCUUGAUCUCGAUGGUACGCUACUUACACCACAAAAAACGAUCCUCCCUGAAUCAGUACUAGCCCUUCAGAAUGCCCGUAAAUCUGGUGCGAAGGUAGUGAUCGUAACCGGGCGGCAUCAUGUAGCAAUCCAUCCUUUCUAUCAGGCAUUAGAGUUAGAUACUCCCGCUAUAUGCUGUAACGGGGCAUUGCUUUACGAUUACUUAGGUAAAAGAGUUCUUGCUUCUGAUCCCCUACUUCCAGAUCAGGCUAGGCAAUUAGUAGCACUGCUGGAUGCUCACAAUGUUCAUGGAUUGAUGUAUGCAGACGAUGCGAUGUUUUACAGUGAAUCAACUGGACACAUUACCCGUACUGAAACGUGGGCUAGAUCUUUACCUGAAAAUCAACGCCCGGUCUUCAAACACGUUGAUUCUUUAGGGGCUGCUACCCAUAACGUAGAUAAGAUCUGGAAGUUUGCCCUAACUGAUAGUGAUAUUGAUAAAUUGAAAAAUUUCACUCAAGUAGUUGAGAGGAAGAUCGGCCUUACCUGUGAAUGGUCAUGGCAUGAUCAAGUAGAUAUCGCCCAGACAGACAAUAGUAAAGGUAAACGUCUUUCACAAUGGGUUGAAUCACAGAGUUUAUCAAUGAAGGAUGUUAUCGCUUUUGGCGAUAACUUUAAUGAUGUGAGUAUGUUACAAAGUGCGGGAUUAGGUGUAGCUAUGGGUAAUGCCUCGGAUGAGGUUAAAGCUAGUGCUAAUGUGGUGAUUGGUACUAAUACUGAAUCUAGCAUUGCUAAGAUUCUUAACCAGUACUUUGAGCGUGUACCAGCAUAA